CAGACAGAAGCUCAUGGCGACACAGCCGAAGAAAGUGCCACAAUAAAUCACAAACCGUGUCUUUAUUAAAUAGUGCUGUGCUGGUAAGGAAAGGAGUUUGUGUUUGUGGAGAUAUAGCGAGGAGGAGCGUCGUGGGAGGGCGGCCCACCUGUGACGGAUCGUGAAGGAGGCUCCGUGUUUGUGUCACAGGCAUCCAAAGUCCAACUGGAAUAUCUCAAACUCACACACCAACUCUUCUUUCCAAGUGACUCAGGUUCAUUCCGUUCUCUCGACUGCACAGUGAAAGCACUCUCCUGCUGGUGUGCCCGCGUGCCCGCGGGAUUGUACGUGAAGAGGUGAACAUGUCUGUGUGAAAGCCUCUGUGUGCACGCACACUCUGUUGCUGGGAGUCUGUGUCACAUUAGAUGCUCGGCGGAGAUGCAUCCAGCUCGAUUGUCGGCGCUGCGGCUCUUGCUGCUGAUCUGCUCUGCAUGUGCGGCGGGUGGCUACCCCUUCAGGACACCCCUGGACCUAGAUGUGACUCCACGCAUCACUGUAUUGAGCAGCGGUCUCCAGGGCUGCAGGCGUUUCCAGUCCUCUUCUGCAGUCAGCUACAGCACCAUGUUGCUGGAGGCUGACAGCGAACGUCUCUACGUCGGGGCGCGUGGGGCCAUAUUCUCUCUUAGCGCCUCUGACAUCUCAGCCAGCUCCGCUGUGACGAUUGAGUGGGAGGCCUCUUCCGAACAAAAACAGCAGUGUCUGGCCAAAGGAAAAGACAAUAAGACGGAGUGUUUUAAUCACAUCCGCUUCCUGCAGCGGUUCAACUCAACUCAUCUGUACACGUGUGGGACGAAUGCUUUCAGGCCCCUUUGUGCUUACAUUAACAAAGAGAAAUUUGCUCUGUCAUCUGAGCCUGAAGAGGGUCGAGACAAAUGUCCCUAUGGUCCAACAACGGGCUACACUGGACUCUUUGUUGACCAGCAGAUGUACACAGCAUCUCAGUACGAGUUUAGGUGCUUUCCAGAUAUCCGCCGUAACGCUCCGUCUCCCACGCUGAAGACAGAGGACGCUCCCACACGCUGGUUGAAUGAGGCAGACUUUGUGGGAUCUGCACUCGUGAGGGAGAGUGGGGGCAGCAGCACCGGCGAUGAUGAUAAAAUCUACUUCUUCUUCACCGAGAGGAGUCAAGAGCAGACGAUGACAUAUGGUCACAGCAGGGUGACACGAGUGGCACGGGUUUGUAAGGGGGACAGAGGGGGUCGUUUAACUCUGCAGAAACGGUGGACGUCCUUCCUCAAGGCCAGGCUGAUGUGUUCACUGCCCGAAUAUGACUUUCACUUUAACAUCCUGCGCAGUGUGUUCGUCAUGCCCGGCCACACGCCACAGGACACACUCUUCUACGGCAUUUUCGGCCUGGAGUGGAAGAACGUGAAGGCGUCUGCAGUGUGUCGCUUCUCUCUGUCUGAGGUCCAAGAGGCCUUCCAAGGUCCCUACAUGGAGAACCAAGACUUAGGCUCUAAAUGGACUGAAUACACUGGAAAAGUCCCUGAACCGCGGCCUGGAACGUGUAUAACCGACGCUCUGAGAGUCAGGGGUAUAAACGUUUCCACCUCGAUACCAGAUGAUGUGUUGCAUUUUGUACGGAGGCAUCCCCUGAUGUCCAGGGAAGUCCAGCCUUCAGACAGACGCCCCCUAUUGUUCAGGAGGACUACAGACUACACGCAUGUGGCUGCACACGUGACCCAAGGGUUAGAUGGGCAAAUGUACCAUGUGUUGUACAUGGCAACAGAUGACGGAUGGUUACACAAAGCUGUGGAAGUCGACGGUCAGCUCCACAUUAUUGAGGAGCUGGAAUUGUUUGAGAAGCCACAACCUGUUAACAGCCUCCUGAUUUCUGACAAACAGAUGAGCGUAUAUGCAGGAUCUUCAUCAGGGCUGGUUCAGCUUCCCCUCUCCAGCUGCCACAGAUACACAUCCUGCUACGACUGCAUCUUUGCCAGGGAUCCGUAUUGCGGCUGGAAUGGCACCGACUGCGUGGAAAUAACAGCGCACAUCAACCGGUCGUCUUUAAUCCAGGACAUUCAGCACGGCAGCAGGGGAUGUGAAAACACACAAGAUGACAUUCCAGAUCGGAGUCGUUCAGUGCGGGUGGGUGACGACGUGCUGCUGCAGUGCGAGCUCAGCUCCAACCUGGCAACGCCGCUGUGGACUCUGGACGGCGGAGAGCUGCAGGGCUACGGCCUCCACUCUGGCUUCAGAACGGGUACUGACGGCUUGUUAAUCAUUGAGGCCCGUGAGGACCAGAGCGGACGGUACACUUGCUAUGCCGUUGAAAACAACAUCAGAGUUGGCGUUAUUGCCUACAAUGUCACCGUGCACCAGGAUCUGCCCGCUCCACGGCUUGUUGAGACAUCUGAUAAGGUUUACAGUCCAUCUGACACUUUGCCGGCAACCAAUGAGCCUCCCACCUCCAAGAGGCCGCUGCCUCCUCCCCUGGCUUCUCUGCUCCCUCAUUCAGAGCUGCUUUCCCCCAAGGACAUGGAGGCCAUAUACCUGUCCCUCAUCACCAUCCUCGGAGGUCUGUGUGUGGUCCUCACCGUGGUCCUCCUUUAUGUUGGCUUCUGCUUGCGUGUGGGCCACAGAGGGAAGUACUCCUUACGUGCCGCUGCUGCUGCAGCAUACCCAAGCAGCAAAGGCAACAAACACAGAAAACAGAAACGUAAUUCCUCCACCAUGGAGCUAAAGACUAUCUCAAGUCACUGUAAUGGAAACGGCAUCUGUAAUGGCAUUUCGAAGCAGCGUAACGGCAACAUCCAGGAUGGAGGUUUCCUGCAGAUUGUUCCUGGGGAGGGUCAGACGUCAUCCAAUAAGGAGCCGCCUCCCCCGGCCCCUCCUCUUCCAUCUACUCCCCAGCUUGCCUCUGGAGAAUGUGACUUCCCCAACGGGCUGUCAGCGACUCUGCCCAGCGUCUUGAGGAGGAUGAACGGCAACAGCUACGUGCUGCUGAGGCAGAGUGACUCUGUGAACGCUUCCCCACUCUGCUCCUCUUUUGCUGAGGAGCUCAACAAGAUCUUAGAGAAGAGAAAACAUACGCAGCUGCUGCCCAGGCCAGACGAGAGCUCCGUGUAGAGAGAUGUGCAAAGUAGCUCCCCCUGUGGUGGGAGGACUGCAGUGUUUUUACCUGGUGCUGAACUGCCUGUUUUCAGACUUAUUGUUUAUGGCAGAGUCUUCAUUUAUGACCUCAAGAAGAGAUUGUUUUUAAUUCCAUGUUUGGUCAAAGCAUAACAUCAACCCUAAUUUAUGAACGCAUACAAGUGAAAAUGAGAAAUCACAUCGAUGAAGCUGAAUCUUCGUAAUCUACCUCACUUCAGGUUUUUGUUUGAGCACAGGCUUACGGCUCAGAUUUGUGCUCCAGGAAGAGCCCCAAACUACAAAGGACUUUGGAAGCCUUUCAGACUGCAAAGACAGGAGGAGGCUCACGGGAGUGCAAGUACAUGUGUAGACUGCAGGUCUGAGGCAGCAACAUUUGGCUUGUUUCAAAGCGGAGGACAACUCGCCAAAGUUUGUUUGCACAUUAAGUGCACAGAUGGCCUUUGCAUUUUUAAAACGUGCCAUUCAGACAUGAUAAAUAUUGAUGGAAACGGUAAUACCAGUCAUACUCAUUGCAGCACAUACAACCAACACUAGGAAAUGGUGAAUUAAUCAUUAUUAACAGAGGAAGCAACCAUAAUUCAAAGUAGAGUAAUCAAUCACAUUUAAUUUCAAGUUAAUAGGUAAUGAUGUAAUGUUAAAAAAGAUGUAUUUGGUGGAAGUAUUGCCUUCACUUGCCUUUUUUGGCCGCCUGAAGGGCUGUUGAGCAAAUGCACACUGUCUGGCACACCAUACCUAGGAUGCUAGGAUCCCCCCUGCUAGGUGUGAUGCCAGGGUCCAUGGGUUGGACCAUAUACCAGCUUGUGUUCUCCUUUCCUUGCUAUCACAUCAUAGCAUAAUGGGCGUGGUCACCCUAGCACAGGGUAACAGUUUACCGACCAGCCAUGCAGGGAGGGAGGUGAGAACAGUUCCACAAGGUUAAGGGGCUGAGACCAAGGGAUCCUUAGUUUGAUUCCCUGUUGGGGAAAUCACUGAGGUCCUUUGAACAAGGUCUUUAAUACCUAAGAUCCUACAGGUAUGCAAUUAGGCACCUUGCACGGCAACUCACAGAAAUCGAUGAGCAAGUGCAUGUGUAUGAAAACGGGACUGUGAGGCAUUGCUGUAAAGCCUUUUGAGCAUCUACAGCAGAUGGAAAAGUGUUAGAGAAAUGCAGUCCAGUUUGGACCGCUGAUGUCAAUCUUGGUCAUGAGCUCAUGCCAACCCAUGAUACCUGUUGUACUGAGCCAGUUGUUUGAUCCUGAGGCAAAGAAGGAAUUGGAAUGUAGAAAAAUAACAACAGCCAGGUCCCUGAGGCCUGUAGAUGAAUGCUACAGCUUGGUGUCCUGGAAAGAGCAUAACUAAAUAAAAAAAAUAAAAAAAAUUGCAGUACAUGCACUUACAACCUUGGCAGUGUAGCCCCAACCAUAGUUGCUUGUGCAGUUUCUAGUAACAGUAGUAUAAUAUCAUAAGAUUUUUUUUUUUUUAUUAUUAUGUAUGUUAUGUUGACAUUGAUCAGAAAUUUCUUGGCUUUAGAAAGCCUGGGUAUGUACAUGUAGUGAGUGGAUAGAUAUAGGUAGGCAGGUAGAUGGUCUGGUAGGUAGGUGGUAUGGAUGAUGGAAAUUAUGAUCACGUGUGGUUGAAGUUACAUAAAGCUUGAAAUUACCUUUUUGUCAGUUUCUGUAAGUUCCAAACUCUAGGUCUGGUUACCACAUUAAAUAAAUGACCAGAAUUGUUAGUUGCUUUAUUUAAAUGCAAGGUUAAAGUGGCUAACAAAAAGUUGUUAAUAAUCACCAGUGAUUACUUAAUCUGCCACACAACAGAGGAGGGUGAUUAUAAUUCAGUUUUUGUGUGUUUUUUUUGCCAUUCACAUCUUUUUGACAUCAUGAGUAGUGACAUGUAGCACAUGCUCAAAGCCCUUUACAGUAAUGCCUUACAUUUACUUCCACAGCAGAGCCCAGUACCCAUUUUCAUCUGGGUGGAUUGAGACAAUGCAGGUUAAGUGUUUUGUCCAAGGACACAGACAGGCAGUAUGAGUGGGGUAUGAACCCAUCUCUUCAUAUUGGUAGGGCAGCACCUUAUUCACUGAGCAACCUGGUCUGCUGCAUAAGAGGAAAACUUAACAUCUUGUACAUCAUCAACCUUAUCAUUUAAAGAAAUAUAUUAUUUUAGUUCACCAAAACCAGUGUUUGCCUGACCAGAUGACCAUCUCACUAUAAAAUAUCAUCUUAAACAGUGCUGUGUCUGCAACAGACAGACGCACAGGGAUCAUAUAACUUUCACCCUCCAUGAGCGUAUUCAUCAAUAGGUAAUGAUAAUUUUAUUUAACUCUAAGGUUCAGAGUAAUGUUAAUCAUUAAUUCACCAUUUAACCAGGGAAUAACACAGUAUUAAUGUUUUUUAAUGCACUUUAAGGAACAAUUUUACUAAAAGCAGUGAUUUUUAGGACACUGUCUAGGAAUUUGACUCUACUACAAGUGAAGAACCAACAAGCCUGAUGUAAAGAACUUUCUGAUUGGACGCUGCAGCAGCAAGGACCAGAGGACCACAGCUGUUUCUGUUGGAUCUGUUUGACAGAAGCUCAUAAGAAGAAAAACAUUGACCGAGUGUGAAUCCGAAACACAGUGCACCCCCCCGCAUGUGCGCAUUAAAAGGGAUUACUCAAUCUGUGGAACAGAACGCAUCCAAGGUCUGAGUCAAGAGAACUUUCAGUCUCUCUUAAUUUUACUCACUCAAGACUGGGGGAGAGUGAGUCUGGAUAAAUUCCACACCAUGAGAGAAUCUGCUUUGCUACAACUGGAAUUCUAUUUCCUCGCUGCAGCUGCAUUUGUUCUUCACACAGCAGCUCUUUGUUUGCUGACAGCGUCCUUUCCUUUGUUUGAGGUGAACUUUUCAGAAAAGAAAGAAAGAAAAAAAAAAACUGCAGUGGAUAAUGACUUUUUUGGUCACACUUUCUGCAUGAAUUGUUUGGACACUUGUUUUUGUUCAUCUUCAGUUAAGAUCACUAAUGCCAAGGUUGCCAUAUUUGGAAAAAAUGCUUUGUGAGCCUUUUUGUAUGCAACAUUAGAACAGGAGAUGAUUUGAACAGGUAUAUUUAUUUUGUAAUUUUGUACACGGUUUUGAGAGGGUUGCUGUUAUAAAUGCCACUAUGAAGUUGUCAGCGGUGUGUGGGGGGGGGGCACUGUAUUUAUGUAGAAAUGCAGAGUAGCCAAAAGCAUGCAGGGGCACUACCAUUUCCACAGAACCUUAAUAUUUAUAGCCCACUAAUGGGCAGAUAAGCACACCAAUUUACCUGUCUUGAGCCUACUAAUUAGGGAUUAUUCACCUGUUUUUUUCACUAUAAUAGCCACAAUUGUCCGCAGAAUAGCUUUAAUCUCUUUAUGCAUGUUACGCCAAGCUUGUGUGCACACACCCAAGCAGAUUUUUACUGCACUAACAAUGAAUAACAGGGUAUCGGGUUCCUGCACAUUUCAGUCUUGUUGAGUUGGAAUACAAAUAAAACUUUGUACUUCA